CAGAUAUAUUAUAUCCUGUUAGCUUAACAAUGAUCUAAAAAUAUAUUUAAAAAAUUGUUAUUCAGAGAUUUACAGAAGGAUUUUGGUUUAAAUGUUUUAAAAAUUUUAAACAAUAAUGGCAAGAAGAGGUCUUACAGAAAAAGAAUUGCUUCGGGAGUUGGAAAAUUUUUCUGAUGUUGAAGCAGAAGACUAUUCCGACGAUGACUCCACUGCAAAUCGGAAUUACUCAUACGAAGGAAGCUCCUAUUCAAGUGAGGAUGAAUUAGCUGUAUCUGAUGUCGAGGACGAAGCUGCUGAAGUUGUUCCUCUGGCCGAUAUUAUACCCGAGACCAAGUGGGAGCCUGUGGCAGGAGACAGAUUGAAAUUUAAUUUUCUUGCUGCCCACACCGGUGUACACGAAAAUAUAAUCCAGAAACUUCGUGUUGCAUCUCCUAUAACUUAUUUUGAACACUUCAUAGACGAUGAGAUUAUCUCAUUGUUAGUGGAAGAAACCAAUAGAUUUGCUGCGCAAAGAAAUACUGCGAAUGAUGCUGCCCUAGCAGGAAGCCGAACUCCAAGACUUAAUAAAUGGGUUGACACUGAUCCUAUAGAGAUGCGCAAGUUUUUGGGUAUCGUUGUAUGGAUGGGACUUAUGCAUUUGCCAAAAUUGAGGGAUUACUGGAGCACAAAAAGAAUUUAUGAAAAUGGAAUUCCAAAAAUAUUGAGCAGCAAUAGAUUUGAGAUGUUACUUUCGAUGUUUCAUCUAUCAAAUAAUGAGCAGCCAAUUAAUCCAGAAGACAGGCUUCACAAAAUCUCAAAUUUUUUGAACUUACUAGAACAGAAAUUCAAAGAAUCGUAUAAUCCCGAAGAAGAAGUUUGUAUUGACGAAAGCAACGUACCAUUUCGAGGACGUAUCUAUUUCCGACAGUACAUUCCUAAUAAAAGGCAUAAUUAUGGGAUAAAGAUUCUCAAAAUCUGUAUUUUUGGAGGCUAUACAUGGUCGUUUAAAGUCUACACAGGCAAAGAAAGAGCAGACGAUGUAUCAGUUGCCGAAAAAAUUGUCGACACUAAUGGAGGGACUUUUUGAUACAGGUAGAACUUU